AUGGAUCUUGUAUCGAGCAUCCGUAAAACGGGCUCGCGCGGCGGGGUCAACUUCAAUUGGGAGGAUGUCGCCACUUCGAACCACCGCGAGAACUACCUCGGUCAUAGUCUGAAAGCCCCAGUCGGUCGUUGGGCAAAAGGCAAAGAUCUCACCUGGUACGCGAAAGCUGACGCGACGGAAGCAUCCUCUACAGAGACGGAACAGGAAAGGGCAGCCAGGGAGCGAAAAGAAGAGCUCAAGCGAAUUAAAGAAGCAGAAGAAGAUGCGCUAGCUCGUGCGUUAGGUUUGCCCGUUGCUCCCCGAAACGUUACAGGUGCGAAUGCUAUAGGUGUAAGCGAAGGAAGAGGUGUGAUGGACAGUGGAGAUUCUACUGCUACUCCAGCGGAUACUAAACGGUUACCCAACGACGCCCGGCAGACAUCCACAAAACAACACGACUCUGGACGGCAUCACCGGAGGAGACAUAGGAGCAGAAGCCGUAGUCGAGAGAGACAUCGGGACAGAUCACCCAGGAGAAGAAGUGAGCACUAUAAUCAUAGAUCAAGAGAUGAAAAAGACGACAGGCAUGAUCAUCGGAGGCGGAGGAGUUAUAGUCCUGAGCAGGGGGACCAUAGACAUAGAAUAUCUCACCGACGAGAACAUAGCCGCUCUCGGAGCCCAGAGAGGAUUGAGCGGAAAAGAGACGGGAAAGAAAGCUUUAGGCCUAGAUCAAGGGAUAGGAGACCACGGCGAAGUCGAAGCCCCCAGCGACGUGGGAGAAGGAAUUCCCCCGGCGAUCACCACCGAUAG